AUGUCACUUCAAACAAGUUUGCUUAAUAAGAUAGAAUAUCUUCCACUUGAACAAAUCAGAAGACCUAUUCCUCCUGUUUUAGAUCAUUCGAAAAUCGAUGCCAUGGUUUCCACGUUGACUGGAACUCCUGCUGCCUCCGCUACCUGUACUUUGGCUGAAGCCUCAGAAUUGAAAGGAGAAUUACCACCAGUAGAUGUUAUGAAAGUUAGGGAGAAUGGCAAAACUUACUAUUUUGCCUUUGGUGGUUGUCAUAGAUUUCAAGCUUACGAUAGAUUGGGAGGAAAAAAAUUGGUUAAAUGUAAAAUCAUCCCUGCCACGAAGAAACAAAUAAAAUUAUAUACUGGUGCUUCUGUGGAUGCUAUGUUUGAUUGA